CAAUAGUUUUGUAAUAACUUUGCGCGAUCUUCGUGACCUUACAAACUCCGAUAAUAAAUGUUAUUUUAUUAGAACAGAGCGCCCAGAUAGCUCGUUUCGUUAGCUAGAACAUUCUUUAAUUUAUAAAAAAAUGCCUGGUGUCGUUACGGUUAACACUAACCCCUACGAGGGUCAAAAGCCGGGUACAAGUGGUUUACGUAAAAAAGUUAAAGUUUUUGUUCAAGAAAACUAUACGGAGAAUUUUAUACAAGCUAUUUUAGAUUCAAAUAAGGACUCCUUGGCUGGGAGCACGUUAGUUGUUGGCGGGGACGGCCGGUAUCUAGUGAAGGAGACUGUCGACAAAAUUAUUAAGAUCUCGGCUGCCAAUGGGGUGGGAAAACUGCUAGUUGGUCAAAAUGGUAUCCUGUCAACUCCUGCCGUGUCAUGCCUCAUCAGGAAAUACAAGGCUCUGGGUGGCAUCGUCCUCACCGCCUCCCACAACCCUGGCGGUAUCGACAAUGACUUCGGCAUCAAGUUCAACUGCGCCAACGGUGGCCCCGCGCCAGACGCCAACACCAACCAGAUAUACGCGAUCACGACGACCAUCAACCAGUACAAAAUAGUACCGGAUAUUGUGUGCGAUAUUACUAAACUUGGAGUCAGUAAUUAUGAGGUUGGUGGCAACAAAUUCACAGUAGAAGUCAUAGACUCAGUGAACGACUAUGUGGCUUACAUGAAGGAGAUCUUCGAUUUCGCGCAGAUCAAAACUCUCAUCCAGGGAUCCGGACAGAGGAAACCCUUCAACGUCCUCAUUGACUCUAUGAAUGGAGUGACGGGUCCCUACGUAAAGCGCAUAUUUAUUGACGAGCUGGGAGCUAAAGAAGCCAACGUCCGUCGCAUCAUACCGCUGGAGGACUUCGGCGGCGCCCAUCCGGAUCCAAACCUCACGUACGCCGCUGACCUUGUGAACGCGGUGAAGGCGGGGGACUACGACUUCGGAGCUGCUUUUGAUGGUGACGGUGACAGGAACAUGAUAAUCGGUAGAGGCGCGUUCUUCGUGACCCCCUCCGACUCGCUGGCUGUCCUCGCGAACCACCUCCACCACAUCCCCUACUUCCAGCGCACCGGCGUGAAGGGCUUCGCCCGCAGUAUGCCCACCGCUGCGGCAGUGGACAGGGUCGCCGCUGCUACGGGCAAUGAGAUGUUUGAAGUGCCUACUGGUUGGAAAUACUUUGGCAACUUAAUGGACGCGGGCAGACUCUCACUCUGCGGUGAGGAAAGCUUCGGCACCGGGUCUGAUCACAUCAGAGAGAAGGACGGUCUGUGGGCGGCGCUGGCGUGGCUCUCCGUACUGGCCGCCAAGGGACAAGGCGUCGAGGACAUUCUCAAGGCUCACUGGGCGCAGUUCGGCAGGAACUACUUUACCAGGUACGAUUACGAGGAGUGCGCCAGCGACCCCUGUAACGAGAUGAUGCAGGUGUUGGAGAAGACCAUCACCUCUCCCGGCUUCGUGGGAUCCUCCCACUCCAGCGGGGACAAGACCUACGUCGUCAAAGAAGCCGACAACUUCUCUUACAUGGACCCCAUCGACCAGAGUGUUGCUAUGAAACAGGGUCUUCGCAUCAUCUUCGAGGACGGCUCCCGUAUCGUGCUGCGACUGAGUGGUACCGGCAGUUCUGGGGCCACAGUCAGGUUAUACAUAGACUCGUACGAGGCUAAGAACGUGUUGGGCGAUGCUCAGGUGAUGUUGAAGCCGCUCAUAGAUGUCGCUCUGCAGUUGUCCCGGCUUCAACACUACACCGGCCGGGACGCGCCCACCGUCAUCACGUAAUAUAUAGGUACCAGGUAGGUAUAUAGGUACCAGUACAUAGGUAUAUACUAAGUAAAGGCUAUUGUUGUUUAAGAUUAAUAUAAAGUCAAUUUUAAAUAGAUUGCGGUCAUUUUUUAUAUCGCUGACAUAUGUCAGUGUAAAAAAGGCGGUUUUUUUUUUUUUUACAUUUACCUGUAAGGUCAACUUUUGUAUUGAAUUUUCUUUUUCGGAUUUUCUUUUUUUUUGUUGAUCGAUGAAAGUUUCAUAGUUUUUUUUUUUGGUUGUGUUGUGAAAUUAAUCGCUACUGUGUUUCAUUGAUGUUAAUUGUAAUAAAAGAACGAAACUUGGUUAUAAUGUUUUUUAUUGAAAUGUAUUUUGAUACAAGUGUUUGAUAAAUUGAUAUUUUUAUUUAAUGUUAAGUUUAAUUGGGUGGCUAAAAUCGAUUAAUAUAAAGAGAGAUUGUUGUAAAAAUAAAAUGUCUAAAUAAUUAAGGAAAGACAGGUUUCA